GUUUAAAUGAGGGCAUACUGCAAGGUCGUAAGCUGGUUGGGAGAGGGAAAAGGAAAAGGAGGAGCUAUUCUCACUGAGACCUCCCCUUCACUCUCUUUCCUCCUAUUGCUGAGCUCCCAGGCACAGACAGCACAUGGCACACGAUCAAAGUGUCAUGGUGGUGUAGGACAUGUGCGCCUGCCCAGUCCCUCUCCUGUCAAGUGCAGCAGAGACACGGAAGCAGAAUCUUAGCCUGUGGUUACUGUGUGUGUGUGUGUGUGUGAAGGAGAAAAGGGGGAAGGAGGGGCAACACACACACAUACACACACACUUGCGGCUGAUGUUACAGAAAAAACUGUGAUCACAAUGGAGUGACGGUUUUUGAACGGGAAGAGGAGAACAAUCUCUUCCUGGCUGUGCUGUUCUGAAGCAGUCUCUUCCUGUCCAUGUUCUGAAUGAGAUUACAUAAAUCUAUACAUCAUUUCCUGAUUUACCUCAUUCCAUCAUCAUCACUCCAUCAUGUCGCUGCUGACUCACGUGCUGGCGUGCCUGUUCGGUAUGGGCUCCUGGGUGGCAAUCAACGGGAUGUGGGUAGAACUCCCCCUGAUUGUGCCGGAAAUCCCAGAGCUCUGGUAUCUGCCAUCUUACCUCACAGUCCUCAUCCAGAUGGCCAACAUAGGUCCUCUCUUCAUCACUCUGAUGCACCGCUUUCGCCCAGGGGUGCUAGAUGAGCGGCCGGUCAUCUACUGCAUUGUAGUGUUGGGGAUCAUUGCUACAUUCUUGCUGGCUUUCUUCUGGAGGCACACAGUGACAAUAGGGGGCUCUCUGCACAGUGUGCCCCUGCUCGUGUUGAGCUUCCUGCUCUCUGUGGUGGACUGCACCUCGUCUGUUACCUUUCUGCCUUUCAUGAUGCGGCUGCGUCCAGAGUACCUCACCACGUACUUUGCAGGUGAAGGCCUCAGUGGUCUGGUGCCUGCACUGGUGGCUCUGAUUCAAGGUGUUGGUGUAGUCCACUGUCAGAAUGCCACUUUGGCUGGUGCAGCCAACAUUACAGCUGAUAAUGCCACUAUGGCUGGCAGUGGAGAGCUACGAGCCAUUUAUCAGCCAGCUAAAUUCUCUGCACAGGUCUUCUUCGUGUUCCUCAGUGCCAUGAUGGUUGUGUGCAUGGUAGCCUUCAUCCUACUCAACCAUCACCCAGCUGUGGCUCGGGAGAGAAAGAAUGACCUGUACUUCAGUGGUGAUCUGGCACCUGGGAAUAGAGAACAAGGUCUGUCUCUGCACGCCCAGACACCAGAGCAGAAGCCUAUGAUCAGCCCCCUGGAAAAAACCAGGAGGGAACCCAGGAGCUCUUUUGGGAGGGGGACGUAUAACAAUCUUGAGGUGUUGGUCAUCUUUGUCGUACUGGCUUGGGUCAAUGCUCUGACCAACGCAGUGCUGCCCUCAGUCCAGUCCUACUCCUGCCUGCCUUACGGGAACAAGGCCUACCAUCUAGCUGCCACCAUGGGAGCUGUUGCUAACCCAGUGGCCUGCUUCAUCGCUAUGUUUAUGCCCAUUAGGUCUCUCAUCUUCAUGGGUUUCUUGACCAUGAUUGGAACUGGAUUUGGAGCCUACAUCAUGGCCAUGGCUGCUCUUAGUCCCUGCCCCCUGCUGGUCCACAGUGCCUCUGGAACUGCAGUCAUAGUGCUGGCCUGGAUCCUGUUUGUCCUGUCCCUGUCCUAUGUCAAGGUUAUCAUUGGGGUGAUUUUGAGGGAUGAGGGCCACAGUGCCCUUGUGUGGUGUGGAGCAGUAGUGCAGUUGGGCUCCAUGGUUGGUGCUGUAUCUAUGUUCCCAUUGGUCAGUGUCUAUGGACUUUUCAAGUCAGGUGAUGCUUGCAACACUAAGUGUCCCAUGUCGUAAAUAAAUAUGAAAUAUUUAUUUAUUACUGUAAUAUAAUUUAGUAGCACUGAGCUCACUGUAGUAAUGAGCUUUACAUAUUCCUACUUGUUUCAACAGAGCUGAAAGGUCAGAAGUGUUGUCUACAACAGUAUCACUCCCUGAUGUUGUUUUAAUAGAUUUCCUCUCAUCAGAGUCAGAUGGCAGAAUUAUGUUUUAUACAGUGUAUUUAUUGACUUAUGGAGCGAGCUCUACACAAGGCUGAAAUGACACCUACAGGAUCGAUGUGUCAGACCACACAAGACCAUUUUGUUGCUGAGCAUAUUACACUACCUUCUGAAUUCAGAGGUCAAACCCAGUUUACUUGAACAUAAUGUGACUUAUGGUACUGUUGGCUUUAAAAUGUGCCUAAAUUUGAGACACUGAAAGAUUUGUGCUUUUCACAUGGUUGUUUAACAAUAUAACUUACUUUGUAUGUGUUACGUCAGUGAAGAAACCACUGAAUACCAAAUAAAACAUUUAUUGCUGUCUAAA